GGCGGCGGGUUGGGAGCGUCACAGAGCCGGGCGCGCCUGGCUCACAGCGCCCGCCUCGGGGAGCCGCGCCCGCCCCUGCCGGGCCGCCGCCUGCGCCGGAGGAGCGGAGAGGCCGGGCCAUGGAGCUAGGACCCUUGAACGUCUGUGAGGAAACAACCAUUCUGCAUGGCGGAUUCCUGCUAGCAGCGAAGUUGUCUCAUCCCAAAGCGUUGACAGAGUUGGCCAAAUCCGACUGGCCCCGGGUCGGGCAGCCUAUAACUGAUGCCUUGAAGGAGAUAUGCAGCAGCCGUUCCUCUUCCCCAUCCCAACCCAAUGUGUGGAAGAAGAAAGCGGUUAUCAUCAUCUGGGCCAAAAUCCUCCUCCCCUGUCCCCUUGUCCUCCGCGGGUCCACCUCAGUCGACCAACGGUGGAAGGAAGAUGUCUUCUUCUCGGUGGGCAGCAUGAUCCCGCGUAUAAACCACACCGUCCUCUUCGAGCUGCUCAAGGCUCUGAAUGCGCCACGGCUCUUCGUGCAGCUGCUGUUGGCGCUGCCCACAGCGGUGCGUCAGCAGGAGCUUGAGCUCUUUGUCAAGUACGUUGUGAACGAGACAUCCCUGGUGGACGUCACCUUCUUCCUGGACGUCUGGUGGGAGAUAAUGAAACACAAGGAGGGCGAGCAAGACAAAAUGAUCCUGAUGUUCAGCACUCUAGCCCAUCAACACCUGUCCAAGUCUCCAGAUGAGCCCUGCCACCCGGCAAAGAGAUUCAAGGGGGACCCCUUCUCCCUGCAGAGCUCCCCCGUGGCCACUGGCCUGUUGACGGUUCUGAUCGACGGGCUAAAGCAGCUCUAUGAGAGUAUCGUCCUCCCCAAGAUGAAGUGCUGUGCUCUCGCCAACCUGGCGGAGCUGCUGUCGGUCUUCACGGUGAUAGAGCGUGAGUCCAGCUCGCUGCCCGUCAAAGCAUACCUAGACAAGAUCGCAUCCGUCGUCGCCAUCUGGAACGACGACAGCGAGAACCGGUACAACGGAAGGGGGCUGGAGGAGAAAGUGAAGGAGGCCGAAAGGAGCGUGAGCUUGCUGUCUGUGGUCAAGCUGUCCAACGAAGAGCUGUUUGUUGGCUUGAGCUUCCUCCGUAGCUUGCUCCAGGGCUGGGGGGAGGAGCUGCAGUGCAUGCUGAACAACCACAAAGAGAUCUGCUACGAAAGCUACCGACUCCUUGACAGCCUCAAUGCCUUCGGGAAGAACCUGAUCUCCUUUGCCAAGUCUGGAGACCUGUGUGAGGACGAGAAGCAGAUGGUGUCAGAACUGGGACAGAUCAUCAUGGACUUCCUCAAGAAGAUCAAUCCGAAGCCGAAAGGCAGGAAUUCAGACAGCAGUGUCAUGGCUUUGGUUGCCAUGGCAAUUAUCGAGAAGAGGAUGGACCGGCACACGGAAAUGUGCUCCAUUUUUGCUUCUGAGAAGGCCUGGGCCUUUUCUAAGGACUGGGUCGCCUGUCUUGUUAAAAACAGAGCCCUCUUCCAGAAACCGGAGCUGGUCUUGAAAUUGCUGGAGACCACCGUGACUUUUAGCCUGUCUGCCGAUAACAGAGAGAGCAGGGAGCUGCAGAGUCAAGUGAUCAAAACCAUUCUGGAGUGUUACGCUGAGCUUCCACUAUCCGACAAGAACAAAGUGAUCUCGGGCGUCCUGGCUUCUUGGGGUGGGCAGGGCCUGUCCUUGAACUUGAAGGCUUCCAUGGAAGGUUUUCAAGAGGAGCUGAACUUGGCUUUCAACCAGAUCACACAGAGUGCGUCAGAUCAAGGUCUCACCAAGGCUGUCGCCUCUGUGGCGAGGCUGACUCUGCUCCACCCAGAGGCGACGGUGAAGAAGGUCUGCAACCUCGCGGUCGUCAACCUGGGAACGCACCAGUUCCUAGCACAGAUCCUGUGCUCCUUCCCAGCGCUGAGCUUCCAGGAGGCACGAGACGACCCAAACCAGUCGGGCAGCCUGCUAGAGAGAUGUCUAAAGGAGACUGUUUGGGGGAAACUCUCCUCCGCUAAGGAAAAGGAGCAGUUUGUAGAGUUCUUGGCCUUUCUCAUGCAGCCGAGUUCAGGGCAUUCACUCCUCUCCCCCGCAGAGGUGACCAAAGCCUUUGUCCUUCCCCAUUUGAAAUCAGACUUUGCUCACGUCGAGCUGAGCUUGCAGAUCCUCACUAAGGUUCUGGAGGUCCAGCCUGAUCCAGAGGAACAGUGGCUCAAGUCCUGCUACCCCUUCCCGCUCCUUCUGGGCCUCUGCAAGCUCCUGGAUGGCUACACGAAGUACUGGCACCGGUUCAGGGACCAACACUGCCCUUCGCUGGAGACCAAAGACCUGAUUGCCACCACCCUCGCUCAGCUCUGCGACAUGGUGGGGCAGAAAGCUGCCCCCUCCCCAGAAGUGUGGAUCCAGUCGCUGGCGUGGCUACACCGGAAGGUCGAGCUGCUGGACUGGACCGUUGGUCUCCGGCUGAAGACUUUUGGGGAUCACUUCAAGAACGAAGUCCCGGCUACCCUGUUUCAAAUUUGCAAGCUCUCAGAGGACGAGUGGACGUCCCGCCCCGCCCCGGCAUAUGGGGCAGGCAGUGGGCUCCUGGCCUGGAUGGAGUGCUGCUGCAUAUCCACGGCGCUGCGGGAGCAAAUGCUCUCUCUCCUCACCGUGGAUGUGGACAACCCAGAAGAAGUCAACUUGUUCAGCAAAGGGUUCCUGGUGGCCCUGAUACAGGUCCUUCCGUGGUGCAGCCACAGCGAAUGGAAGAGACUCACGCAGGUGAUUGAAAGCCUGCUGCACAGGCAAGUCCUUCACGUACCUUAUACUCUGGAGUACGUGCAGUACAUGCCGCUGCUCAACUUCAAGCCGUUCGCCCAUUAUCUCCAGUUCUCCGUGCUGUUCUUGAGAGGAUUCCAGCUGCUCUGCAGUUCCAGCUGCUCCAGCUGGCUGCCGGCAGACGCCUGGCAGCACGUGGUGAGACUCUACAGUAGCAGCCUCACCGAGCUGCUGGGCUCGGUCAAGAGGGAUUCCCAAUCUCACUGGCACUCUGCCGACGACAAGAACCCCACGCAGGAAGUGUCCUUCGUCUACAUCCAGGUGUUCUGCCACGUGCUGCACGUGGCGGCCAUGCUGCCGGAUGACCGCUCCGGUGAGCCGCUCCUGGUCCUGGCCUUGGAGAUCCUCUCGCAGUACGAAACGCUCAGUGCCGCCGACAAGUCCCUGAGCAGCGCACUCAGGAAAGCCAACGAGAAGCACUUCCUGGAGUCCAUCACCGACAACGUCAGCAACAAGGAGCUCCGGGCCACGCUCCUGCAGAAGCUGAGCAAGCUGUGAGCCAUCCCAGGUGGCAAACCGGUUGCAGAUUACACCUGGAGCGAAACGGCGUGUCUCGGCUCCACGGAUCAUCAAAGCUCAGAGGCGUGACCGAAUGAGACACAACGGUGUUGAACAGAGCCUAAACCCUACAAAGAUGAGGAGAAGUGACUUGGAGAUUUGUCAGAUCUAUAAUAAACCUUUUCUUUUGGA